CGCGACGACCAUCGUCAAGAGCUGCCUUCCGAAGACAAGGAAGUAGUGCAGAGAUGGCGUCGACAGAGGAAAGCUCGCUGCUGGCAUCGUCGUCGUCGUCGUCGUCGUCGGCAGAUUCAGAGAUCUUGAAGCAUGAUCUGCUCUAUCGACGCUUUUCUCCCUCGCAGAAGCGUGUCAUCGUAUCGCUGAUUGCUUAUGCCGCUCUGAUACCUUUCCUGGCGUCUGGAUCGUUCGUACCUUCUAUCCCGGAAAUCGCUCGAGAGCUCGGUACAACGGGUCCGAUUGUCAGCCUUGCAGUAAGCUUGUCACUGGCCACGGCAGCCUUAGGUAGUCUUACCUGGGCGACAUAUUCUGGCAGAUAUGGACGGCGUUACGUAUACGUCAGGUCUUUGCCAUGCUUCUGCCUCGGUUCAAUUGGGGUAGCGAACUCGCAUUCGGUGCCCACGCUCAUGUUCUGGCGGUUCGUUCAAGCAUUCGGGACAUCUAGUGCCAUGUCCGUCGGCGCCGGGGUCAUCGGAGACAUCUACCGCCUCGAGGAGCGAGGUUAUGCCAUGGGUAUAUUCUUUGGCGCCUCUCUCCUCGGCUCGACGAUUGCUCCUUUGUGCGGAGGCAUUGCGACGCAUUACGCCUCCUGGCGCUAUGCUCAGUGGGGACUGUUCUUCAUGGGCAUUACAGCGUUCGUUCCGGUAGCACUGUGGCUCCCGGAAACCCUAGACCCAGAGAAGCUCGACAGGAUCAAGGCGGAAGGGGCAGGUUUCAAGCUCCUCAACCCGUUUGCGAGCCUCGCACUUCUGCGCAGUCCGAAUAUCUUCGUUUUGACAAUUGCCGGGACGGCUGCUCUGAUCACCGACUUCGUCAUGAUGGUUCCUCUUGCCUACACGGUUGGAGUGCAAUAUGGCAUAACGAACGAGGCCAUCGUAGGAGCGCUCUUCCUUCCUCUGGGCCUGGGGAACAUCAUCGGUGCUCCUCUCGCGGGGCAUAUGGCUGAUAGGGCCGUCGUCUCUUGGCGUAAGCGACGGGGUGGUGUCUGGGUCCCGGAGGACCGUCUCCGCGCCACGUUCUGGGGAGCGGCGCUCUUUGUCCCAGGGUCGAUUCUCGCAACGGGCCUGACGAUGAAGUACGUCAAGGGAAUUCCGGGGAUCUGCCUCAUCAUCGUCUGGCUGUUCAUGAACGGCAUAGGGGUGGACAUCGUCUUGACCCCCAGCUCUUCGUACUACGUCGACAUUCUGCACAAUCGCAGCGCAGAGACCAUGGCCGCUAGCUCCUCGUUCCGUGCACUGAUCGCGGCGUUCGUGACGGCGGGCACGCUCCCCCUUAUCGAAUCAAUUGGCGUCACAGCAACGAACGCACUGUUUGCGUUCAUUGCGUGGCUAGGUUUCGGGCUAAUUCUGUUGACGAUCCGUUAUGGGGACCGCAUGCGGGCUUGGCAGGACAUUGGCUACACCACCACACGAGACACCUGUUAAGGUGUACGACGACAUUCACGACCAUAACAAGACGGCAAUUAUGUCGAGCAUCAGGAAUAGAUGGCCCUGCAUCAAUCGGGUGUCCGGAUGCGCGGCUGGCCUCACAGACGAAAGCACCCCCGGGCCUCCCAUUAUGCCGCAUAGACGGGGCACGAUUUUAUCUUCGUUCCCUAGCCAUUAUACUUCGCUGUCAGUGUCAAGAGUGUCAAGUAGACAUUUCUCAAAAGGCUUCUGAUGUUCCUGGAUAUGUCUCUCUUUGACCAAUGCAUAAU